CAUUCCGCGUAGCCGCGCGGACGUCGCGUAGCUCCGUAGACCGCUACGAUAAAAUAGAUCGUGUUUGGUUUAAUAUCCUAUAAAAUACGCAAGUGCACUCGUGCGAAGCUAGAGCGAUGCGAGUCCACUAGUUUUUAAAUAACAAAGCUAGUAUGGAGAUUGGAGAGAUUGUAAACAAAUUGUAAAGAAAAAGAACUACAUAUAAGCCAUAUCUAUGCAAGAAUACUAACUUGUAGUCCCUUGUAGUCAUGUCAAACGAAAUGAAGUCUGCCUCGAUGGAGCUGGGGGGCUCUCGCUCGUGGUGCAGAAGAGAUAAUGAUGUGAAGAUUGAGUUCGGUUUCGGAGUGCCUCUGGGAGCAAUGUCGGCGCAUCCUGUAUUCCACUCUGCGUGGGACAUUGGGUGCCCAAGUUCUGGCUUCCACCAAAUGGCCAGAAUGAUGGAUCGCAUGAUGUCGGAGAGCUUACAGCCAUUCGGCUUUGCGCGGCUCUCCACGCGGCGGGGCAGUGACAAGGCCGACGACGGCCCGCCCAGGGACGGAUUGAGGACUGAGAAAAGCGACAACAGAAGGGAAAGGGCCAGAAAUCCCAAUACACAUGCCGGUAAUGGCACGAAUCAUCCACCUACGCAAGUCGUUAAACCAACUCCGGUCAACACAUUUCAAGAAACCCCGUCAGACCAGGCCAAACAGAUCAAUCCCACUACAGAAAAAUGGGCAGGAACAUUAAGAAAACGAGAUCCCGACAUCCAGCCAACCCUACCAUCAAUCGUUACCAGGAAAACGUCAUCAACCUCUGUGAGCAGUGGAAGAAAAACACGAUCGGUUGAAAGAAUGCCUCGAAGCAGAAGACAGCUCGUACCAAUUAAACCUAUCGUGAGAAAGACAGAUGUACAUGCAGAAGGAGAUGCCACUAUGCUAGAAAGAGACGAAAAGAUUUUUAACACGUCGGGUUAUGAAAUACAUUUGGUGGAGACUUUGGAGAGAGAUAUUUUGCAGAAGAAUCCGGAUGUUCGCUGGAGAGAUGUGAUUGGAUUGGACGACGCGAAAUCCGUGUUGCAGGAAGCCAUGGUACUGCCGCUCGUAAUGCCUGAUUAUUUCAAGGGCAUCCGUCGUCCUUGGAAAGGCGUUCUGCUGACCGGCCCUCCGGGAACAGGGAAAACGCUACUCGCUAGGGCAGUGGCAACGGAAUGUCGGACCACGUUUUUCAAUGUGUCAUCGGCAACACUCACGUCUAAAUACCGCGGUGACUCUGAGAAGCUGGUCAGACUCCUGUUUGAUAUGGCAUCCUUCUACGCGCCCAGUACGAUAUUCUUGGACGAAGUGGACUCGCUGUGCGCAGUCAGAGGGGCAGACUCUGAACACGAAGCUUCUCGGAGAUUCAAAGCUGAACUCCUUAUACAAAUGGACGGAUUGGCGGCUGUAUUCAACCAAGACAAGGUAAUAAUGGUGCUAGCGGCCACCAACCAUCCGUGGGACAUCGACGAGGCCUUCAGGCGGCGAUUCGAAAAGAGGAUUUACGUUGGCUUGCCUGAUGAGGUGACCAGAGUGAAACUGCUAAGGACUUGUCUUCGUGAAGUAGCACUGGCAGAUGAUGUGGACUUGUCAGAAUUAGCGGCGAAGCUUGACGGGUACAGCGGCUCUGACAUUAACAAUCUUUGCAGAGACGCAGCUAUGAUGACAAUGCGCCGCAAGAUAGCCGGCAAAAGCCCCGACCAGAUUCGUCGCCUUAAACGCUCCGAACUUGAAGCACCAGUAUCAAAAGAAGACCUCAACGCGGCUAUAGAGAAAACUCGACGCACCGUCACUCAAGCGGAUGUAGCGCGUUACAAUACUUGGAUACAGAAGCAUGGCUGCUCCUAGCAUAGAGCCAAAGCGCUGAGAGCGCUCUUGAGGUGUAUCCGCCACUCAUAGAAGUAUAGCUACUUGUGAGACUACCAAUUGCGAAACAAAAUGUGGGUGUGAUAAGACUAAAAUUUUAUCGAAGUUAUAUUAAGAGGGUAACGUCAUAUCUAUCUACGGAUAACAUACGGCUAAUUUGUAGUGUUUUAUAUAAAUUAAUAAUAAAGUCUUAGAAAUAUUUAAUGAAACUUUUGCGUGCGGAAUAGCUGAAAAAACCUCUAGAAGCAAUCUAAGUACACCAUAAAGAAUAUAGGAGCAAACAUCAUUUUACUAUAACAAUAAAAUUCCGAUAUGGUUGGUUAGCAGACAUGGUAGAUUUUGAUAGUAGGAAGGUAUGUGAUUUUUUUUUACAAUUGAACUGAAAGGGUUUCUAGAAAUAAAAGUAACUGUUUUGAAUAAAAUAGCUUUAUUGAGGAAUGGCAUAAAUGUGAUUUUUUACUAUGUUGCCUGUAGUUGUAUGCGCUACGUUAUAUAGAUAAAUUGAUACUACCUACUACGUGCUUUUGUACAAAUGUGAAAUUUAAUAAAAACUAUGUUUACAGAU